UGGGGGAAGUCAAAAGCAGUAGAACAAGCAAUAAAGAAACCUCAGCUUUGAAUUGAGAACAGGGAAGUUGGUUUCUCCGUCUUUCUUGGAGAUGCACAGCUGUUUUGUUUUGGAUCCGCCAACGCACGCAUGAGCCCCACACCUUCUAACGCUUUUAUAUUCCCAAUGACUGCAAGUACGCUGAUCCUCCCUGCUUUCCUCCUUCCCCAUUGGGAAAACUCUUUACUAUCAGAUCCGUCCUAUGGCGGCCCAUCAAGCUUCCUCUCUGGAUAUUCCCACACCUGCAUCGAUCUUUGGUUUCAGGAAGAAACUGGGAGAAAUUGAGCAGACCCAUUUGGGAUUAUCGACUUCUUUCAAAAAGAAUCCAGCUUUGAGGUUAAGGGCUUCAAGUGAGCCUCCUCCCAGACUGACUCAGGAACAACCAAACAACACAUUAGAGAGUGCAUCAAAAACUGAAAGUGGUUGUGAUUUUUUCAAAGAGAUGAAGCAUCGAUUUUUGAGUUUCAAAAAGCAUAAAUACUUGGAAAACUUGGAACAUUUUAAAAAUCUCGCUGAGGCUCAAGCUCCGAAGUUCAUGGUGAUUGCUUGUGCAGAUUCCAGGGUUUGCCCAUCCUACAUCCUAGGAUUCCAGCCGGGUGAGGCCUUCAUGGUUCGAAAUGUGGCAAAUUUGGUACCCCCAUUUGAGAAUGGACCCUCAGAAACAAAUGCUGCCCUUGAAUUUGCUGUAAAUUCCUUGGAAGUUGAAAACAUACUAGUUAUUGGCCACAGCUGCUGUGGAGGCAUUAAAGCCCUUAUGAGUAUGCAGGAUGAAGUAGAUUUGAGUUUUAUUGGUAGUUGGGUUGCUGUUGGGAAGAAUGCAAGGUCAAGUGCAAAAGCUUCUGCUACCAGCCUUAGCUUUGACCAGCAGUGCAGAUAUUGUGAGAAGGAAUCAAUUGAUCGUUCAUUGUUAAACCUGCUCACUUACCCCUGGAUCAAAGAAAGAGUGGCAAAAGGUGUCUUAUCUGUUCAUGGUGGCUACUAUGACUUUAUUAACUGUACAUUUGAGAAAUGGACACUCGAUUGCAAAAGAAGCAAUUCAAAGGAGGAAAGUGGAUAUGCAGUUAAAAACCGACUAUUUUGGUCCUAAAAUUUCUCCCCCAUUUUUCUGCCAUUGAUCAUCUCUAGCAAGGCUAUUUGUUGUAUAUUACAAAUAAUGUUAUUUCCUUUGUUUGCACGUAAUUUUUUUUUUUUUUUUUUUUGAUUGCCUAAUUUGUAUUUCAAUGCUUCUUUUUGCUUUGCCAUUUUGUUGCAUACUAUGCUCUAUGCAGCAUCAAGUUGGAAUAUCAAACAAUGAAAUGUAAUUUAAGAAAAUGAUCUGAAAGAAAUUGUUUUAGGAU